AUGAGCACGGCGCCCGUUCCGCCGCCGAACAGCGUCCUGGCCGGCGUCCCGAGAGGCUCGAAGGCGAGAUCGACACUGACGAGAUCGUUCGCCGCCUUUUUCGCGGCUCUGGCGCUGCUCGGUGGCUCAUGGCUGUCUCUGCAGAGGGAGACGCAGCAGGAGCCGGCGCCUGUGCAGACGAGUCUCAUCGACGUGGGCGUCGCACGACUACGCGCCGCCGCCGCCACGGCGGCUGCCUCACCACCCGCCGCCAGCCGGAUCAUCCUUGCGGCGGCGCGGGUGGCUGCUUCGCCGCCGCCGCCGCCGGAGGCAGCAGCGACGGCGCCGCCGCCGCUGCCGACCAAGGCGGCGAAGCAGCUGACCGAAACGGUCCGGGCGGCGGCGUCCGUGCAGCAGCCGGGUGACGUGCCGCGCAAGGCGGUCGUCGCGAUCUGCGCGCCCACGCGCUCGCAGACGGCUUGGCGGUCCGCCGCGGCAACGCGGGUGCAGACGACGCUCAUCCCGUCGAUCGAACGGACGAUCACCGCUGCCGAGCGCGAGCGCUUCACCAUCCGGCUGCACCUCGGCAUCAGCGACGACGACGCGUUCUGGCGGCAGCACGCCGGCGCGCUCACCGCGCCCGCGUGGCUCGAGCUGCGCCCGUCGUAUCACCCGGCGCAGCCGGGGCGCGUGCCCUUCAACGAGAUGACGCGCAAGGCCUUCGACGACGGCGCGGAGUACGUCGUCCGCAUCAACGACGACACGGAGUUUGUCACCGCGUCGUGGGUGACCGCCGCCGUCGGCGCGCUGCGAGGGUACACGCCGCCCAACGUCGGCGUGGUGGGGCCGACGUGCCACGAGGGCAACGUGCGCAUCCUCACGCACGACAUGGUGCACCGCUCGCACCUCGCCGUCUUCGGCGUGUACUACCCGCGCGUCUUCAAGAACUGGCGCGCGCCCAGCCGCACCACGCGCGCGCCAGCCGAGUAUGUCGACGACUGGAUCACAAAGGUGUACCAGCCGGGCCGCUCGACCAAGCUGCCCAACUGGACGGGCGUCCUCGCCGCCGAGCUCGCCAGCGGCCAAGCCAAGCUCCGCGCGUACCUCGCAGCCAACGGCGGCGGCGGCGGUGCGGUCGCUCGCUCGCUCGCCGCCGUCGCCGACGCGGAGGCGGUCGCGCCGGCGGCGGGCGAGCCGGCGGCGCCGUCGACAGCCGAGUGCACCGCGAUGCGGGAGACGCACGGCGUCGUGAUCGGGCAGUCGUGGGGGUCGCUGCCCGUCUCCCUGCAGCGCAGGUGGGCGCAGCUGGACUGCGACGCGCAGCUCAGCAGCGGACCCAAACCGCGGCAGCAGCCCGCCGCGGACGGCGGCGGCGAGAGCGGCGGUGGCGGGGCGAGCGGCGGUGGCGGCGCGUUGGACGCGCUGGCGGCGCAGCUGCCGGAGGAGCCGCCGCUGCCCGCGGCGAAGCUGGACGUGGACGCGCGCGUUGGACGUGGACGCGCAGAAGAGGAGCUUAUUGCGAAGAUGGACGCCGCCGGCCAGCGCGAGACGCGCCUCGUCUCCGCGCCCCUCUUCCGGCAGCAGCUGAGGGCCGUGGCGGGAGGCAGCAGCGCGGCGCCGGAGGCGGUCGGCGCGCUGCUCAGGCGGCCGGCGGUGGACGCGGCAGACGUGCAGCUCGCGACGUUUUCGUGCACGGGCAACGGUCGCUUCAUGCGCGUCGAGCCGGGCGCGCCCGCGGGGCAUGAGCGGUGGGUAGGCUGCUCGGGCGAGGCGGGCGUCGCCGCGCUGACCGACGGGCUGUUCGAGCGGCGGCCGCUGACCGGCUCGCGCUUCGCGCUGCUCCACGUCGCGAGCCAGCGCUACCUGCAGGUGGUGCCGCGCCGGCACAAGGUAGCGUGGGUGGUUCGAGUGCAGCGCAGGCAGCCCGGCGAGACCGAGGCCUUCGAGUGGCGGAGCGGCGGCGGCGGCGGCGGCGGCGCGGCGGGCGGCGCGGACGCGGAGGAUGGCUUCCUGUACAACGUGGCGUGCGGCUGCCACGUCAACUUGCGCUUUGGCACGGUGCUGCGCGGGCACGCGGAAAGGGGGCAGCCCGCGGGCGCCGUGCCGACGGCGCGGAUGCGGCAGCGGCGGUACACUGUACAGGGCGUGCGCGCUGCGCUCGCCGCCGAUUCGUCGCGGCUGGCGACGGGGAGGCUGCCGCUGAUGCAGCAGGUGGUGCGCAUCCACACGCUCGCCGCGUCCAACGAGAAGCGAGUCGUGUCCUUCGGGCUGUACGGCGGCGACCCGCGGUACGCGACGGGCGUGCUGCGCAACGCGCAGCUCGCGCCGCUCGUCUUCCCGGGCUGGACGGUCCGCGUGUACCUUGACGGCACCGUGCCAAAGCACGUGCAGCGGCUGCUGCGGCAUUACGGCGCCGAGAUGGUGGACAUGGACCGCCCUCCGGCCGAGCUGGCGAGCGCGACGGGCGGCCAGAUCGGCGGCAUGUUCUGGCGCUUCCUCGUCGCGGCGGACAGGAGCGUCGACCGGCUCGCGGUGGAGGAGUGGAUCGCCUCGGGCGAGCUCGUGCACACGAUCCGCGACCACCCAAACCACGACCGACCGCUCAACGGCGGCAUGUGGGGCGGCACGCGCAACGCCGUGCCCGACAUGGCAGCGCUCGUCGCCAGCUGGCCGACACGCGACAAGUACAUGGCCGACCUUUACUUUCUCGAGCAGCGCGUGUGGCCGCGCGUGAAGCACUCGCAGCUGGCGCACGACGCGUACACGUGCCACAAGCACCCCAACUCGAAGCCCUUCCCCACGAAGCGGCCGGCAGACUUCCAGCACGUCGGACAAGUGUUUUUCGGCGACGGGACGCCGCGGCAGGGCGACAUCGACGACUUCAUGCUGCGCAUCACCGCGCCGCCACCGUGUAGGCGGCAGCCCGACUGGAUACACGGCUGA